GAGCGGGGGUGGUUGUCUCGUUGAGUUGAGAUUUCCGUUGGUAAGCAAAACGAACUCAAAAAACAAACGAAACAAAUUCGUUUCUGAUUCUAAAACUGUCAAGAACAGUUGGGUUCUUCGCAUUCGCUCUCUGACUGGCUUGCCCUGGCCCCAGUUCCUCUCUUUCCUUCCCAACUCGAUCCAUUUGCGUAACCAAAUUUCUUCUUCUUUCUUCUCUCUCUAUAUUCUUUAUAAGAAUCUCUUCCUUUCUGUCUUCUCAGUGAUCCGACUCUCAUGUCUUCUCUUCAUUUCUCCAGCCACUGAAAAUGUGAUCCUAUUCCUCUUCGUAUUCCACAGCUGAAUUUGGUUCGUAGACGCUACCGGUUAAGCUGCUUCUGAUUCAAAAUUUUGUUCCUGCUGGCUUAGGGUGGAAAUUCAGAGACUUUCACCGUAUUUUGGCUUUAUUCGCGUCGAAAUCUGCUGAGUUACAGUUUGUGUCCGAGGUGUAGCGUCUCUGAGAUGAAUAGUUCGGAGACAUAGUGUGAUUACUUUACAUGCAAGUUUAAGGUUUAGUCUCAACAGAGCCGUGAAGUGUUUUACCUCCUGGGUUUUGGUUGGUUUGCUUUUUGUUUUUUUUCCUGAUCGAGGUAGCCGGCAUGGAUUUUCCUGUUGGCUCUAUUUUGAUGAAGUUGGGGAUGGUCUCCACUUCUGAUCAUACCUCCAUAGUUUCUAUGAAUAUAUUUGUGGCUCUCCUAUGUGCUUGUAUCGUGAUUGGGCAUCUAUUGGAGGAGAACCGAUGGAUGAAUGAGUCGAUUACAGCACUAAUAAUUGGUCUUUGUACAGGAGUCGUCAUUCUACUAUUUUCUGGGGGGAGAAACUCGCAUAUUUUAGUCUUCAGUGAAGAUCUCUUUUUUAUUUAUCUUCUUCCUCCAAUUAUAUUUAACGCUGGGUUCCAGGUGAAAAAGAAGCAAUUUUUUCGUAACUUCAUGACCAUCAUGUUGUUUGGUGCUGUUGGUACAUUGAUUUCCUUUGUCAUCAUCUCACUAGGUGCCAGAGAAAUGUUUAAAAAGCUGGACAUUAACCUCGAUAUAGGGGAUUAUCUUGCAAUUGGAGCAAUCUUUUCUGCAACGGAUUCUGUUUGCACCUUGCAGGUGCUCAAUCAGGAUGAGACGCCUUUACUCUAUAGUCUUGUAUUUGGGGAAGGUGUUGUUAAUGAUGCCACAUCAGUGGUGCUCUUUAAUGCAAUUCAGAGCUUUGAUCUCUCGCACAUCGACUCCAGCAUUGCUUUGCAGUUUGUUGGCAAUUUCUUUUAUUUAUUUAUUACGAGCACCAUGCUGGGAGUGAUUGCCGGAUUGCUAAGUGCAUUCAUUAUCAAAAAGUUGUACUUUGGAAGGCAUUCUACCGAUCGUGAAGUUGCACUUAUGAUACUCAUGGCCUACCUUUCCUAUAUGUUGGCUGAGCUGUUCUAUUUAAGUGGUAUUCUCACUGUAUUCUUCUGUGGGAUUGUCAUGUCCCACUAUACCUGGCAUAAUGUGACUGAGAGUUCAAGAGUCACCACAAAGCAUGCUUUUGCAACAUUGUCAUUUAUUGCUGAGAUAUUUAUCUUCCUUUAUGUUGGUAUGGAUGCAUUGGACAUUGAGAAGUGGAGGUUUGUGAGCAGUAGUCCUGGAAAAUCAGUUGGAGUGAGUUCAAUACUUCUGGGCCUGGUUCUGAUAGGGAGAGCAGCUUUUGUCUUUCCAUUGUCAUUUUUAUCCAACUUCGCUAAGAAGAAUCCUAAUGAAAAAAUUCACCUCAAACAGCAAGUUACGGUAUGGUGGGCUGGUCUCAUGCGAGGGGCAGUAUCUAUGGCACUUGCUUAUAAUCAGUUUACUCGGGCAGGCCAUACUCAAUUGCGAGGGAAUGCUAUAAUGAUCACUAGCACCAUCACAGUUGUACUUUUCAGCACAGUGGUUUUUGGAUUGUUGACUAAACCUCUAAUCAGGCUCCUGCUGCCUUCAAAACCCUUGAGUAGCAUUGUGAUCUCAGAGCCAUCAAGUCCAAAGUCCUUCACCACCCCACUUCUUGAGAAUGGACAACAUGAUUCUGAAGCGGAUCUUGGUAGCCGUGAUAUCCCCCGCCCAACUAGCCUCCGGAUGCUCCUAAGCACCCCAUCUCACACUGUCCACCAUUACUGGCGUAAAUUUGAUAACUCUUUUAUGCGUCCUGUGUUUGGUGGGCGGGGAUUUGUACCAGUCGUCCCUGGCACACCACUUGAACAGAGUCUCUACCACUAGCAAUGAGAGAAAUAUAAGGUUGUUCAUGGAUCUCUAGAAGACCAAGCCACGUUCUUUUGAAGUCUGCUGUGCAAUUUGUGGGUGUGUAAGAUUUUAUUUUGGCGAUGCUUUCUGGGCGGGGAUUUUGCAUUCUUCCCUGGUUGAUUGUAAUAUUCUUUCUUUUCCUCAUGUUACUACCUCUGUUCUUUUUCAUUUUUUCUUAUCUUUGGGGUCCGUUUGGCUAGCAUGAUCGAGCUGUUUACAGAUAUCUUCCAAUAGAUCCUAACUGAUUUCACAUUCAUUACAAAUACCUGUAAUAUUUUGGUUAGAUGAGUAUAAUGUAAACUUUCCUUGAAUUAAACAGGUUUUAUGUAUUUUGUCUUCAA